CUGGCGUUGAAGUGUUUGGUGGUUUUCACAUAAAACAGCAAAAGUUUUCUUUUUUCAUAGUCCGCUGAGAUUUUUAUUUUAUUUUUACCAAAAAAGUUUUGAUCUUUAAAGUUUUGAGUGUUUAUAUAUUUUUCUGGGUAUUUUUGAGGAUUUGGGGUUUAUUUUUGUGGCGUCAGCAAUGGUAGAGAUAAGAAAACAACAGUCUUUGGUUGAUGACAUGAAGAAACCAAAGAGAAGCAACUCUUUAUUAUCAUUAUCAUCAUCCCAUCCUCAAGAUACCCACCAACAACCUUUGAGAAAAGUUCGUAUCAUUGUCAACGAUCCUUACGCUACUGAUGAUUCCUCUAGCGACGAGGAGGAGUUUGUUAAGAAGCCUCGUCAAGUGAAACGCAUCGUCCGUGAAGUUAACUUUCCCCCUCUUGAACCUCGUGGUGUUGAGCCUUCUGUGUCUUCCUCACAAGACAGUACCAAAACCACCAGCAAAAAGGUAGCAUCAUCAGCUCCUAAGAAGCGUGUUGGUGUUAGGCAAAGGAAGUGGGGGAAAUGGGCUGCUGAGAUUAGACAUCCAAUCACUAAAACUAGAACUUGGUUAGGUACUUUUGACACUGAAGAAGCAGCUUAUCAAGCUUAUCAAGACAAGAGGAAAGAGUAUGAUGCACUUGUCGGCAUCACUAAUGAGUCUUCUGUCUCUGUUUCUGAGACUAGUCAAUGCUCUCGCUCUUCACCUCUUGAGCAAGACACUUCUGCUUCAGCUCUCACUUGUGUCAAACCUAACGAAGAAGAGAUCAAGAUCAGUAAUCCUAAUGAUGUUGAUUUGAGCAAGGAAAUGUUGUUUGAUUUCAACUUUGCGGAUCUACCAAUCCCUGAUCUUGGUUUCUUUGAAGGACCAAUGGCUGCUGGUGGUGUUAACGAGGAUGAUCUAGACUUUGAUUGUUUCUUCACUAAUGAUCAGCUUGAUGACUUUGGUUUGCUUGAUGACAUUAACGGGUUUGGUGACAAUGGUCCUAAUGCGUUGCCGGAUUUCGACUUUGCGGAUCUUGGGCUCGACCUAGCUGGUUCUAGUUUCCUUGGCGAACAGAACGCUCCUCAACACAUCGCCUGUCACAUGAAAAGUUUUGCCGCUUGAGUUAUGUUUUUUAUGUGAGAAAAGAGUUAUAUUUUUAAUGUUUUUUAGUAUUUAAGACAUACACAAAGUGUGUUCCGGAGAGAAGUAAGAUCUUAAGACAUAAGUUGCCGGGUUUUGUAUUAUUGAGUUUAUUUUAUUUAGUUUUGUGUUUUAUAGUUAAAUAUCAAUCAAAAACAGUUUUGCUUAUC